AUGAGUGAUUCAAAGCUAUUCACAAGGAGUAAAGCUGCCGAUCUUCGGCAGGAGCUCCUGUCUGAAAAGAAGGACAAAAAUUACAAAAACAAAAAAGCCGCCUUGAAGAAGAUUGUGGCCAAUAUGACCAUGAGCAACAAUGAAAUGAUCACACUUCUUCCCGAUGUUGUUAGUAUCAUGAGCAUUAAUGACAUUGACAUUAAGAAAUUAUGCUUUCUAUUUCUCCUGACAUACUCCAAAGCCAAGCCUGAUCUUGCCAUUCGGGCCAUACCCAUCCUUGUCAAGGACCUUUCCGAUCCUUCUCCUUUGAUCCGUGCGCUUUCAUUGCGUACUAUGUCUGCCAUUCCGGUCCGCGAAUUUUUUGACGCUAUUCUCAUCCGGAUAUCCGAUCUUUUGCACGACAAGGACCCUUAUGUUUGCAAAACUGCGGCUUACGGCGUCGCUAAACUUUGGAACCAUGAUCACAAAGCUGUAGAAGAUCGUGGGCUCAUUGAUGAGCUUAACCAACUCUUGUCCCAUAAAAACCCCAUUGUAGUGGCAGCCUCUCUUGCAGCACUUUCCGACAUUACAGAAAAAACUGCAGACCUUGAGCUGGCUAUCGAUCGCACACAUGCAUUCAAUCUCGCAAACAUGCUUUCCGACUGCGACGAGUGGUCCCAAAAUUAUAUCCUUUCCGCUCUCAUGAACUUUGUCCCACAGACUCAAAAUGAUGCCGUUUUUGUCAUUGAACGCGUUUUGCCCCGCUUGCAGCAUGCAAAUUCUUCAGUUGUUUUGGGUACCGUCAGACUUAUUGUUUAUCUCAUUAAUUAUGUCUCUGAUCUUGACCGGUCGCUCCCCAAUCUUGAGAAACGCAUUACCCCGGCUUUUGUUAUUUUACUAGCAAAACCCCCAGAGAUUCAAUACCUGGCACUCCGAAACUGCAUCAUUCUUCUUCAAAGUCGGCCAGACUUGCUCAAGCUCGACGUUAAGGACUUCCUCACAAACUACAAUGACCAAAUAUACGUCAAGGCCACAAAGCUCGAAAUUAUUUUUUUACUGGCAAAUGAAAAAAACAUCAAGGUUGUCCUUCGCGAGCUCCGCGAAUGUGCCACAGAAAUCGACGUCCAAAUAGCUCACAAGUCAGUUCGCGCUAUUGGCAAACUUGCCAUCAAGAUCGAAUCUGCUGCAGAUGCGUGUGUUGAUGAGCUCAUGGAUUUGGUUUCUACAAAAAUUUCUUACAUUAUUCAAGAGGCAACUGUCGUUCUCAAAAAUAUUUUUAGAAGAUACCCCAACCGUUAUGAACGAGUUAUUCCAAUUCUCUGUGACAACCUUGAAUCACUUGAUGAGCCAGAGGCAAAGGCUGCCAUGAUUUGGAUAAUUGGAAACUACUCUUCUCGUAUCGAGAAUGCUGACGAACUCCUCGAAAGCUUCUUGUCUACCUUCAAGGAAGACACAGUCGAGGUACAGCUUACCCUCCUCACGGCUAUUGUCAAGUUUUUCAUCUACAGACCUUCCAAAGCUCAACACCUGGUACCUAGGGUUCUUGGCUGGGCCACUGAAGAAUCUGACAAUCCAGAUGUUCGUGAUCGCGGUUACAUGUACUGGCGGUUGCUUUCUGCUGAUCCUAAAGCCGCCAAGUCCAUCGUUGCUGGCGAAGACAUGCCCAUUAUCAACAGCGACUCUGAUCGCAUGAGUAACGAGCGUUUGGAAGAAUUAGAACUGGCCAUUGGCACUCUUGCCACCAUUUAUCUCAAGCCUAUUAAACAAGUUUUCCGUCUCGCAAAAGUUAGACAACUUCCUGAAAGCCCGGCCUUGGCUCCACGUGUCCAGCGUCCUGCACUCAAGACCCGUCAGUCAACGCCUAAUUUAAAAACCAGACCAUCGUUACCGUCGUCAUCUUCAUCUUCGGGAUCGCCCAUGCGCACCCAAUCCAACUCUACCCUGUCACGGUCUCAGUCUCUUUCGCAAGGCAUGCAAAACAUGUCUCUUGGUCGAUCCAACACCUUUGCAGGCACUUCGCUCAAGAAUGCGACUGGAUCCACAAGGUUUGUUCCUGGGCUGCCGUCAGUCCCUCAACAGGCCCCACUGGGAAGUAUUCCACCACAACCUUCUCUUCCUUCGGGUAUUCUAUACCAGCAACAGCAUCAACAGCAAUCCUACACCGACUUGCAUAACAACAGCGAACAUUUGGGGUCUCUGUUGAUUGACACACCGACUUCAGAACACGCUCCAGUUCCAAUGGGGAAUGCGGCAAUUAUGCCUAUGUUUCAGCAAGACUACACGGGCAGUCUGAUUGACUCGACCGUGGUGUCACCCGGUGCAGGUAAUGUGCACUACAUGCAAAACAACGAGAGUGGAUACUUUACCCAGCAGCACGGUCUUUCGUCUGCUGCGAUCUCUCCUGGAGGUAUGCCACAGUAUGGUCACAUGCAGCCCAACGCUAUGGCCUCGACUUCGUUGUUGGGUGGACAGUCAAAUGGAUACCCUUAUGCUGGGUCUUCAUCAAUGCUUCCACUACAACCGCAACAACCGCAACACCAGUAA